CUCAAAACACGGAAAACACGCUUGUAUCGUGUGAUUGUGAUUGGAGAUAUUUUUCAAUAAAAUUGUGCUUAAUAUUACAUACCGGAACCAUAUAAUAACUAGACUCAGUGAAAAAUGGAGUAUAUAACUCCGGAAAAUGUUACGGCGUCCGACAGCACGCGAAUACUAUGUUGUCAGUGUGCAGUGCCGAUAGAAGCAAAUCCCUCAAAUAUGUGUGUAGCAUGUUUGAGGGCUCAUGUCGACAUUUCUGAGGGUGUCCCUAAACAGGCUACACUCUUCUUCUGCAGAGGAUGUGAAAGAUAUCUUCAACCACCUGCAGAGUGGGUGGUGGCUGCACUUGAGUCCCGCGAGCUGCUCGCCCUGUGCCUGAAGCGGCUGAAAGGCCUGAACAGGGUCAAGCUGAUAGAUGCGGGGUUUGCCUGGACUGAGCCCCAUUCCAAGAGGAUCAAAGUGAAACUAACAGUACAAGGCGAAGUAAUGGGAGGUGCAGUUCUCCAGCAAACUUUCAUUGUUGAGUUCAGCAUCCAGCACCAGAUGUGCGAUGCCUGCCACCGCUCCGAGGCUCAAGAUUACUGGCGCGCCAUGGUGCAAGUGAGACAACGCGCGAAUAACAGGAAGACAUUCUACUAUCUUGAGCAGCUGAUAUUGAAGCAUAAGGCGCAUGAGAAUACACUUGGGAUUAAGCCUAAGCAUGACGGAUUGGACUUCUUCUACACAACAGAAAGCCACGCCCGCAAGAUGGUAGAUUUCAUACAAUCCGUGCUUCCCAUAAAAUGCCAACAUUCCAAGAAGUUAAUAUCGCACGAUAUACACAGCAACAUCUACAACUACAAGUUCACAUUCAGUAUAGAGAUUGUGCCACUCUCUAAAGACAGUGUGGUGUGCCUUCCGAAGAAGUUGUGUCAGCAACUCGGAGGCAUUUCUCCUAUCUGUUUGGUGAACAGAGUUACCAGCACUAUACAUUUGAUAGAUGCAAAUACUGGGCAGGUGUGUGAUGUCUCAGCUACCGUGUACUGGAGGAAUCCAUUCAAUCCAAUUUGCAAUCCAAAACAGCUGGUGGAAUAUAUCGUAAUGGAUAUUGAUAUUUUAAAGGAACAUGAAAAGAAGUCAUUCCCCGGGCAAGGCAUGUUGUCCAACAAGCACGUGGUGGCCGACGUGUGGGUGGUGAGAGCCAGCGAGCUGGGACUCGACGUGAGCCCCGUCCACACUAAGACACAUCUUGGACAUGUCCUCAAACCUGGUGAUACUGUCAUGGGCUACAACCUGGGCGACUCGAACGUCAACGAUUCAAACCUGGACAAGCUCGACCGCUCCGUGGUCCCCGACGUGUUCCUAGUUAAGAAGCACUACGGCGAGCGCGCCGCGCGCCGCCGCGCACGCAACUGGAAACUCAAGCACAUGGCCGAAGAGCUUCACGACGGAGCUAGCUCUACCAACGACGACUACAACGAGUUCCUCGACGACCUGGAGGAAGACCCGGCCUUCCGGCAGAACAUCAACAUCUUCAAGCGCGGCGACGUGGCCGUCGACACGGACGAGAUCGACCCGUCGCUGCCGCGCAUCACGCUCGCCGAGAUGCUCGAGGAUCUCAACAUCGAGGACGUCGAGAUGAGCGAAGUUUGAUGAACUACUUUGUUAUCUGGAAUAUACUUUGUCAUUUUUGUUAAUCUGUUACAGAUGUAUUUUCUA